AUGAGUGGUGGAAGUUCGCAACCCACGGUUGGUACAGCAAGCGAUGUAGAGGCAGUACGCGAUGCCUGCGUGUCGAAGCACACCAGAGUGAAGUAUAAGAGUAGUCUGAACGGUAUCAAGAGAUGGAUUGUGGAGGAUCUAUCCAAGUAUGACUCGCUAGUCUGGUUCAACACGCUCACAAUCUACAAACGCAUUUACCAACUGACCACACUCUACUUUCAACGCAAGUAA